GGAUCCACUUUGCAGGUUCAGGAGCAGCAGAGGAGAAAGAAGCCAGAGCAGAAAGAAAGGUGGGCAUCAGCCAUGCAGUAGCACCUGUUUUCCCUUCUCUCUCAAGGUGCUCAAGCAGGUGAAAAACAUCCAGCAUGCCUUCCACUUCUGAACUCCGGCGCCUCUAUCUUCCCAUCUAUGUGCUUGCCAUCCUCACUGGCUUUCCCACCAACUUGCUGGCCUUGCAUGCCCUCUUUAAGAAGCUGAAGACCAAAGCCACACCCAACAGUAUUCUUCUCUUCAACCUCACCCUUUCCGAUCUGAUCUUCCUGGCUUUUUUGCCCUUCAAGGUAUCUGAGCAUUUUUUGGGCCGCUGGGAUCUCCCUGAGGUUUUGUGCCCGCUCAGUGGCCUCCUCUACUUCAGCACUAUUUACACCAGUACCCUUUUUCUCACAGCAGUGAGUGUGGAGCGAUACCUGGGUGCAGCUUAUCCCAUCCACUACAGGCUGAAGCGCCAUUUGGUCUAUGUGGUGGUGGCCAGCCUGGGCCUCUGGGCCUGCUGUUUGGGGCACUGCAGCAUUGUGUACAUCACUGAGUUUCACCCAGCCAAAGAUAUUCCACCCGCCAAUAGCUCCAGAGACAUCUGUUACAAGAACUUCACAGAUGACCAGCUUGCCAUCUUGCUCCCAGUCCGCCUGGAGCUGGGCAUUGUCCUUUUCCUGGUGCCCUCCUUAAUCACUUGCUUCUGCUAUUUUAGCUUUAUGAGGAUUGUGAUUUGCUCAGCUCACAUCCACAGGAGCAAAAAGCAACGAGCGGUGGGACUGGUGGCUGCCACUUUAGCUGUUUUCAUCAUCUGCUUUUCACCUUACAACAUCUCCCAUUUGGUUGGCUUCAUCCAGUGGCAAAGUCCAGACUGGAGAGAUGAAGCCUUGCUUUCCAGCACCUUCAAUGCCAGCUUGGACCCCAUCAUCUUCUACUUCUCUUCUACUGCUGUACAACGUUCAUGUUGGGACUUUCUGACCCGGGUGAAAAGAGUCUUUACUUUGCCUCCUUUGAUCCGUAAGCUCUUUGGCCGAGGGACUCAAAGCCCGAGGAGGCCAAGUCCUCAGGAGUCAGUUGUCUCUUCCAGACUAUGA